AAUGAUGCAGUUUGUACAAAUGACUUGAGUACGAAGUAUGGAGAGGGAGAAUGACGAGGAGCAUGCGCAGAAAUAUGUAACACCAUUAAGCCUCGAACGAUCCCAACUCGAGAGGGGAGGAACACAGAGAGUCAAAUGACGGGAACAAUAACGUAAAGUUCUUAGUAGAGCCUGUGCAUACGAGGAAAAGUGUUUGUUUCGGAGGUAUAUUUUCGUCGUAUAAAAAACACGACUAUCAAUUACUUUCCAACUAUAAAAGACUACUGUUGAGCGAAAGUAUUAAUAAUCUAAUCUAAUGGAUCAAAUAUAAGUCCUUAUGCACCGGUUCAUCUAUAUAUAUACAUAUAUAUAUAUAUAUAAUUGAAAAAUUUAACCCUUCAAGAAUCAAAUAAAUAGACUUACAAAAUGAAGAUACGAAAUAUCCAUGUAUGCUUUCUGUUUUUCUGCAUAAUAUGGGGAACAUUGAGUAUAAAAUACGAUACAACAUUGAUCGACAAAAUGCGAAAUAAGUUGUUGCAAUUGGAGAAAACAUUAGAGAGAGAUUUGUUUCACUCAAGGCUCCACGAGUUUGAAGAUGGUGGAAAGUACCUAUGGCUCAUAAAAAGUUUCAAGAAAUUCGGCGAUGAACUAGAACGAAACUUCUCGACCAAUGGUUAUGAAAAUUUAAAUGCAUUGAGUUCUAUUUGGUUAUGGGCUCGAACAGAAAACGAACUAAAAGGAAUAGAUGGUCUGUACCAAGUUUUUCGAACGAUGCAAGAGGAGAUAGUCGGCAGAAAGAUUCCUCUUGAUAUACCGAAGCUGAGCGAUUUCUGGGAUAUAAUUCUACACGAUCCGAAUGCGUCAAUUGUACGCGCCCUCACUCGAAUCGGUGACCUGAUAGUGCACGAAAAAUUGUUCGUUUCGGCUUAUCAGGAAGCAGCUUCGCAAAUUUGUAAUGAAAAUCAGUCGCUUCAGCAAUUGCUCUAUAAUUUAUAUACAACGGUAACCCUAACGGAAAUCAAGGGUUAUGGUAUGAUCCAAUUCUCUUAUAAGCUGCUGCGGCUUUAUAACCCAGGUACUAAUUUCACUGAAGAAAUGGAAGUGGUGAAGCAACAGUAUGAGACGAGAACGAUGGAAACUCUGCGGGCUGUUAAAACAGCCAUGGCGUUUGCUCCACGACAACUCUGGAGAUGUGAUGCGAGAUCACAUAAAUUAGAUGAAACAUACACCAAAUUAACACAGUUGUUCCAAGGAUAUAUCGUGAACGAAGUGGACUUAAACAAGGACUCGAGUUGCAGAGAAAAUUGUGCUUAUUACGAAUAUUCGAAAGUUCAUGGAUGUUACAAAAAUCAAUUUUGCUCCCAACAGCGCAAAUGUAACGGUCGAAUAUUAAAAUGCGAAUAUAUUGAUUCCGAUAUGUGGAUUUGUCCUUCGAUACAGGAAAGUGAUCGAAGAUACGAAUACAUAGAAUAUGAAAAUGGUCGACUGUUCGGACAAAAAGAUACUUGCAAGAGAGGAACAACCAAAGUAGAUAGCUGGUGGCGUUGGUUAUUCUGGCACUGCAGCUAUUGUUUUUGUUACUGUGAUGACAAUAAUAUAAACUCUGAUCGAUACUUUAGCUUAAGGGAAGUUGUAUCUGAUGUAGCAAACAAUAAAGUCGUGACGGGCAUCCGAUUCAAGAAAGUGAAGCAAAUAAUACAUAUGCAGAUACAGGAAGGUGAAUUGAUGCCACAUGGAUACAUUAAUAAAUCCUCUAUAUGGUGGAAACCAAUAGAAGAGUUCAGUGUAUUAGAUAACAAUGUUAAAAAUGGUGUUGACUAUCACACAUUAUCAUGGGAAAAAAGGGGGUUAGAUUUAGAUGAUCUAGUCCUUGAUGACAAUUUGCUUUUGACAGGACUCAAGUUCCGAAUGAUUGGUUCACGAUUAAACUUAGAAGCAAGAAUGACAUCUUUUAAUUUCACGACUGGGAAAUUAAUAAAACCGCUAGAAAGGAGUUUCUGGAUCAGUCAUGAUAGAACCAAUAGAACUGAAGUGACAUUUGAGAAUCCUGAUAUACCAACUCGAUUACCUCUUCUAGCACUACCAGACUCGAAACCAUUCCAAUACCUGAAUUUUGCACCAAGCGAUCAAAAAAAUGACGUUGCUCAAAACACAAUACCAUUCAUUGAUAUUCAACCAGUAGAAUCAAAUCCACCAGUUCCAAUUGCAGGUGCCGGAAUUUUUCACAAAGGCCGACCAGGAUCGGGUGGAUUUGUAGCAAUGAGAUUGAUUACGUAUGAUUUUAGUAAACAUUUACAAGUUGAUUUAUCUCCUUCUGCAGAUACAGUUAUCGAUGCUCCAAAUGAAAUAAGAGUAGUAUGAAUGUAAUUUAUAAGCGUAUUACUAAGAUAUAGUUCGUAACUAU